AUCUAUAUGUAUUGUAUUCCAUACUGAAUGCUGACUGCUCGUCUUCGAUCUUCUUGUCACUUUUCGGCCGAUUUACGCCGAAUGCUGUAGACUGUAAACAUGGCGACUUGGAUUCCAAAAACUGUACGAGCAGCGAAAAAUCAAAAUGUAUACGGAGCAUGCCAAGUCAUACAAAACCGCGACUGCACAAGUCAGCCAAGGAUUAUUAAAAAUCCAACUACAGCCAGCUUGAAAAGAGGUACCGGAGGCCGUAGUUCUUUCAGCGGAGUGGUAUGUACAGUGUUUGGGGCAAGUGGUUUCAUUGGACAGACUGUGUGUAAUCGUCUUGGAAAAAUUGGUACGCAGAUAAUAGUGCCACACAGAGGCAACCAAUACGAUGUUUUGCCUCUUAAACUGUGCGGUGAUCUGGGACAAGUUCUGUUUCAUCCUUUUCAUUUGACAGACGAAGAGUCUAUAAUCAAAUCCAUGAAGUAUUCCAAUGUUGUAAUUAACUUAAUCGGCAAAGAUACAGAGACCAAUAACUUUGACUUUUAUGAUGUACACGUGGUAGGAGCCAGAACCAUAGCCAAACUUGCUAAAAUAUGUGGCGUAGAACAUUUGAUUCACGUGUCAUGCUUAAACGCUACGUCUAAUCCCACACCGCUCAUGUUGGAGACAGGAUCGGAGAUACUUAAGUGUAAAUGGGAAGGGGAGUGCGCUGUAAGGGAAGAAUUUCCAACUGCAACUAUCGUUCGACCCGCGUCUGUCUAUGGACAAGGGGAUCAAUUCAUUCGUCACUAUAUGCAUCCGAUGAGACGAUUUGGAAUGAAUAUACCCUUAUGGGAAGAAGGUCAAAAAACUGAAAAACAACCAGUGCAUGUGUCUGAUGUAGCUGCUGGCAUUGCCGCUAUUGCGACGAAUCCCUGCACUGCUGGUAAAACUUAUCAGUUUGUUGGUCCAAACAGAUACACAUUGUAUGAAAUAGUCAACUGGUUCUACCGUCUAGCAAUUCCAGACGCGGAUGGUAAAUUUAGCAUAGGUGCUAUAAAAUCCAAUUAUGUCUUUGAAAUGAAAGUUGUUUUUAGCGAGAUAAUGCGCGCUAUAUAUCCAACUGUACCAUUGUCUUGGGAAAUUCUAGAAAAGGAACAUGUUUCCGAUGAAGUAUUACCAGAAUUACCUACGUUAGAGGAUUUAGGCAUUACGCCAGCGAACAUGGAAUCUAGAAUACCAUGGGAAAUGAAGCCGUACGUAUUUGAAGACAGGCUCAUACGAUCUUUGGGAGAUUUCAUCGCGCCGCCACCACCGAAAGUGAUUCCCCAAAAUUGAAGAUUGUACAUGAUUAGUUGAAAUUAGUAUGAAAACGGAGUGUGCUUUGAAUGCAAAUAAAGGAAGUAUGUACGCGUGAUAAUAGA